CCAUCAGCCGCCUGGAUGGCUAGCCGGGCGGUGGUGAGAGCCGGGCGCAGCCCGCGGUGUGCCCGAGUCCGGGCCGCGGCCGCCGCCCCCGCCCGGACCGCGCUCCCCCUGUACUGCUCCCUCCCUCUCGGCUCCAACUCCUCCUCCUCCAUGCCUCUGUUCCUCCUGCUCCUACUUAUUCUGCUUCUGCUGCUCGAAGACGCCGGAGCCCAGCAAGGUGAUGGAUGUGGACAUACUGUACUGGGCCCUGAAAGUGGAACCCUUACGUCCAGAAACUAUCCACAGACCUACCCCAACAGCACUGUUUGUGAAUGGGAGAUCCGUGUGAAGAUUGGAGAGAGAAUUCGCAUCAAGUUUGGUGACUUUGACAUUGAAGGUUCUGGUUCUUGUCACUUUAAUUAUCUCAGAAUUUAUAAUGGAAUUGGAGUCAGCAGAACUGAAAUAGGCAAAUACUGUGGUUUGGGGCUGCAAAUGAACCAUUCAAUUGAAUCAAAAAGCAAUGAGAUUACAGUGCUGUUCAUGAGUGGAAUCCAUGUUUCUGGACGCGGAUUUUUGGCUUCCUAUUCAGUUGUAGAUAAACAAGAUCUAAUUACUUGUUUGGACACUGCAUCCAAUUUUUUGGAGCCUGAGUUCAGCAAGUACUGCCCAGCUGGUUGUCUGCUUCCUUUUGCUGAGAUAUCUGGAACAAUCCCUCAUGGAUACAGAGAUUCCUCGCCACUGUGCAUGGCUGGUGUGCAUGCAGGAGUAGUGUCAAAUAUUUUGGGCGGCCAAAUCAGCGUGGUAAUCAGCAAAGGUAUCCCGUACUAUGAAAGUUCUCUGGCUAACAAUGUCACAUCUGUGGUGGGACACUUAUCUACAAGUCUUUUUACAUUUAAGACAAGUGGUUGUUAUGGCACACUGGGGAUGGAAUCUGGUGUGAUUGCUGAUCCCCAAGUAACAGCCUCGUCUGUGCUGGAGUGGACUGACCACACAGGGCAGGAGAACAGCUGGAAACCUGAAAAGGCCAGGCUGAAGAAACCUGGACCCCCUUGGGCUGCUUUUGCCACUGAUGAAUAUCAGUGGUUACAAGUAGAUCUGAAUAAGGAAAAGAAGAUAACAGGCAUUAUAACCACUGGAUCUACUAUGGUGGAGCACAAUUACUAUGUGUCUGCCUAUAAAAUUCUGUACAGCGAUGAUGGGCAGAAAUGGACUGUGUAUAGAGAGCCUGGUGUGGAACAGGAUAAGAUAUUUCAAGGAAACAAAGAUUAUCACCAGGAUGUACGUAAUAACUUUUUGCCACCAAUUAUUGCACGUUUUAUUAGAGUGAAUCCUACCCAGUGGCAGCAGAAAAUUGCCAUGAAAAUGGAGUUGCUUGGAUGUCAGUUUAUUCCUAAAGGUCGACCUCCAAAACUUACUCAACCUCCACCUCCUCGGAACAGCAAUGACCUCAAAAACACCACAUUGCCUCCAAAAAUAGCCAAAGGUCGUGCCCCCAAAUUUACUCAACCACUCCAACCUCGAAGUAGCAAUGAAUUACCUGCAGAGACAGAACAAACCACUGCUACUCCUGAUAUCAAAAAUACCACGGUAACUCCAAAUGUAACCAAAGAUGUAGCGUUGGCUGCAGUUCUUGUCCCUGUGCUUGUCAUGGUCCUCACUACUCUCAUCCUCAUAUUGGUGUGUGCCUGGCAUUGGCGAAACAGAAAGAAAAAAACAGAAGGCACUUACGACUUACCGUACUGGGACCGGGCAGGUUGGUGGAAAGGAAUGAAGCAGUUUCUCCCUGCCAAGUCAGUGGAACACGAGGAAACCCCAGUUCGCUACAGCAACAGUGAAGUGAAUCACCUGAGUCCGAGAGAAGUCACCACGAUGCUGCAGGCUGAUUCUGCAGAGUACGCACAGCCACUUGUGGGAGGACUCGUUGGCACCCUUCACCAGAGAUCUACCUUCAAGCCUGAGGAAGGCAAAGACGCAGGCUACGCAGACCUCGAUCCUUACACCUCGCCAGUGCAGGAGGUGUACCAUGCCUAUGCCGAACCGCUCCCCAUCACCGGGCCUGAGUAUGCAACCCCAAUCGUCAUGGACAUGUCAGGGCACCCCACAGCUUCAGUGGGUCUGCCUGCAACAUCCACUUUCAAAGCUACAGGGAACCAACCUCCUCCCCCUUUGGGAACCUACAGUCCACUUCUCUCCAGGACUGCCAGCUGCUCCUCAGCCCGUGCCCAGUAUGACACCCCAAAAGGUACAUUAAUGAACUCAAGAGAUGGCUCUGUAAGCCAGACUGGCAAUAACGCAUGGUACUGUUUUUUGUUUUUUGGUGUUUUGAAAUAUUUAAUGGCUUGAAAUUCUCUAUGAAAGGUGGGUACUAUCUUGAUUUCCUAUUGUUCUAUUUCUAGAUUGCUUUCUGCAUUAUUAUUUUGAAUAGUGACACAGCACUGUUUGGAUUACAGCCAUAUACAUUUCUCUUUCAGUAGGAAGAUCUGUAGCUAGGAAACUGGCUUGUACUGAGCAGGGUGCCGACUUCAUGUUGUGACACUCACAAGCUCAGCACUUCAUGGUACAUGACCUGGUCUCAGCCUGGCUGCUUCUGACCAGGGUCCUUCUGGGUGAGGCCCAUUCUUGUGUUUAUAAAAUGUUUGGUUUCUUUCGGCAUGUGAUGCUUGCUGUAUCCAUCUCUUGAACUCAGAUCCUCUGAAGUCUUUAUAUUUCUCCAUGUGGAAACAUGAGAGGAGCUAAUUACAAUUUAGAAAAGCUGUAAAAGAUUCCCUUCCUCGCUUCCCCCAAAUUUUAUUUGCAAUGAGGUUUUUCCCUGGGAGAGUUGUGGAAAGUUGAAGGCUUCUAAAUGAAUGCUGUAAACAUAACUGAUUUAUCACAGUAAAAGACAAAAAUCAUUCACUCACAAGUAAUACAGAUUACCUUAAGAAAACAAAUAAUACAAUGAAAAUUUGUCCUCUUUGGCUUUAUACACACACAUACAAAUUCUGCUUCCAUCUCAAGGUACUUUAUUAUUUUUAGGCAAAUAAUUUUCAGUGCAGUUUUCCACAGUAAACUCUUGUAAGAAAUGCCAACCCAACAUGUGGUGUUCAGUCUUCACUGUGACUGUGCCCGUUGGAUGCUAAGAGGUAGGAGUAGUCCUUUGUCAGACCUGAGGAACAGAUGUAGUGACAUCCUAGCAAAUGAAUAUCUGUGCCUUGUUUUUGGUACCUCCUGGCAACUUGUCACCAUUUUUUCAUGAUUCGUCUAGAACGAGUUGCAAAUAAGGCAAAAAUAAAAAGUCGUCUGCAAUGUAUCAGCCAGUAGUGUAAAAAAAAAAAAAACUUUAAAAAGUCUUUAGACUGGCAAGACAACAUAAGAAGCUCACCAUAUAGUGAAAAAAAGAAAAUUGACAUCCCCUCUUCCAUCAACCUUAGUUUGUAGACUUAAUGUGAAACUGGUUUAGUCAUUGCUGUCAGCCAGGCCACCAGACUAUGAUGUUGCCAGAGUUCACUACAUUUAAAUGAAGGUGAACAGUAUUCAUUUUGUUUGCUUCCAUGAUAUUCUAAAACAUUGCUCCAAAAAGAGAACCAUGUACUUCUACAGCCUCCCUGAUCCCUUCUUCAUUGUAUGCUUUGUUGGCUUCUCAUUUGCUUUUCUUUUUCCAGACAAACUUUGAGGCACAAUUUUAUUCAUUGAAAAAAAAUCCAUGCAUAGUUUGUUUCAAAAAGCACAGAUGUUGAAAUUGAGACACAUAUGAAUGUGUAAAGUGUGUGUGUUAAUGCAGUCAUCCCCUUUCAGGUGGAAAGAGUAAACCAGUGGCUUUAAUUUUUAAUUCAUCCUUAGUACAUGGAAAAUAUACUCUUCCUCAAGUUGUAAACCUCUUUGAAGCUUUAGGAGAGAUGUUUUCAAUAAUUAUUUCACUUACCCAAAGAGGCUUGCUAUUUCUGUGUAAUUUUGUGUACCUGAUUGCUUUUUGCCCUGGAGCUUUUGUUGCUGUGCAAAAAAGGCAAGUGCUUUCUGAAGUGAUGCAUAUUUGAAAACUUGAUUCUCAUCACCACUGUGCUGUCCUUGAACUACCCAUGAUUUUAAUAAAAUAGUUUUUACUACUUUUAUAUAUUUUCCCUUCCAGAUGAAGAGCUGAGCCUGAUUCAAAUGGUUUUUCUAGUUCUGUACUUUGUUUUCCUGUUUUAGAGAUUUUUUUUAGUAUGUUUAUAUGUCUGAUAUAUAUACAUAUAUAUAUGUAUAUAUAUAUAUACAUAUAAAUACAGCUUUGGAGACAAUCAAGUAACAUCUGAAAAUGUGAAAGUAACCGUCUUGACAGUUCCCUUGGAUUUUUCUUUGCUUGAAGCAUUUAAGACUUAAGUCGUUUUUAUUAUUUUUUGGUGUGUUAAUACAAUUAUAGAAAUGCAAUCAGACAAUGACACAGCAAGUGUGGCCCUUACAGGUUUCAUAAAAUUACACUGACUUGGCUGUUACUUGAUCCUAGGAACCAGCACAAAGAUAUUGUGAAUUCUUAUUUUUAUUUUAUUAAAAUGCUAUAAAUAGAAUCUGUUAUGUGCUGGGUCUAGUCCAGUUAUUUAACUUCACAGUUCACUAUUUGCACUUUGCAUUGAACAAUGGGUUUAUUCACUGAUGAAAAUCGUUCGAAUAGAGAAUUUAUUCAGAAAUUAAAAUUGUGUAUACACCUGCCUCUUCCCCUGUCCCCCACAACACUGGGAGAGGGCACCAGACUCCCAGCUCAUCUGAAUGUGCCUGAGGCUCCAGAGUGUGGACAGUGACAAAGCUGGGGCUUCCUUCCUGUGCUGCAGAAAGACCCUGUCAGAUGAGUCCACUAGAAGGGCCCAGUGGAGUGUGGGGGACAUUUCCUCAGAGAACUGAUGAAGCUCUGCCUAAGAUUAGGGUAAUUACUUAUGAGCUCUACCUUUUUGUUCUAAACUUGAAGUCCCUAAACUGCAAAAUUUAAGAGUUGGAUAGUUAUGAAAGUAGUUUUUAGAUCAACCGAGGCACGAAUUCUCAUGUAAUCCAACUUGUGGCUAGUUUUAUUUUUUUUCCCCUUUGGCACUGUUGAAUAUGGAAACAAAACAUGUAUUGAAAUGCAUAUUGGAAAUAAAAAUGGCCUAGUGUCAGUGACUCUC